GAACUGCCCCCAAACUGCUCUGCCUCCACUUCAUAUAUAGAGAACACAGAACAAAGAGUUAUGGAACUGAGAGAACAUAGAAAGAUAUAAACUGGGCUGUAAGCAACAUUUUACAGAAGAGGGAUGGAAUUCUCUAGCUCACUGGUGUUGGUUUUAGUCUUGGCUGUGUUGAUGUUGGUCUGGUGGAAGAGGAAUGCGAGUGGACUUUCUUUGCCCCCGGGGCCACUGGCACUGCCACUGAUUGGCAACCUACCAAUCAUGGACAAGCGUGCACCCUUUAAAAGCUUUAUGCAGUGGAGCAAAACUUAUGGGCCUGUAAUGACGGUGUACCUCGGGCCUCAAAGAAUGGUGGUUCUGGUCGGUUAUGGUACAGUGAAAGAGGCUCUAGUGGACCAGGCAGAGCACUUUACAGGCCGAGCUCCCAUUCCAUUUCUGAUCAAAGUUCUGAGGGGCUACGGUUUGGCCAUCAGUAAUGGAGAUCGCUGGCGUCAACUGAGGCGGUUCACUCUCACCACGCUAAGGGAUUUUGGAAUGGGACGAAAACGAAUGGAACAGUGGAUUCAAGAAGAGAGCAGACAUUUGCUGGAGAGCUUUGAAGAAACCAAAUCAACACCAGUUGACCCAGCCUUCUUCCUGAGCCGGGCUGUGUCCAACGUGAUCUGUUCAUUGGUGUUUGGGCAGCGCUUUGAUUAUGAAGACAAAAACUUCCUGCACUUGCUCCAGAUCAUCUCCAGGCUCGUGCGCUUUAUCAGCAGCCCCCAGGGUCAGCUGUACAACGUCUUCCCUAAACUAAUGCAACUCUUGCCUGGUAGACAUCAUGCCAUGUUUAAAGAGAUAGAAGUCAUCAAAGCCUUCGUCUUGAAGAAAAUCAAGGAACAUGAGCAAAAUUUGGAUUUUGGUGACCAAAAGGACUUUAUUGACUGCUUUCUUAUCAAACUCAAACAGGAGAAACACAAUCCUGACACAGAAUUCCACAAGGAUAACAUGUUGGGGACAGUUUUGAAUCUGUUCAUAGCUGGUACAGAGACCACCAGCACAACUCUCAGAUAUGCCCUGAUGCUUCUUAUCAAGCACCCCCACAUACAGGAGCAAAUGCAGAGGGAGAUUGACCAAGUUAUUGGACAGAAUAGAAUCCCUACAAUGGAUGACAGGAAGUCCCUUCCCUUCACUGAUGCUGUGAUUCAUGAAGUACAGCGCUAUCUUGACAUUGUCCCACUAAAUGUUCCCCAUUAUGCCACACGUGACAUCUCAUUUAGAGGUUACAUAAUACCAAAGGUAAGAAUGAACACAUACAGUGGUCAACUCCUCUUAUCUUGGAGAUUACUAGAUUAUAUUGUCGUACAAUGGCAAUUGUUACAAAAUGCCCCAAAAUAUUUCCUAAUAAUCUCAUGUCAAUGCAUUUUACUCAAACUGGUUAUUUUGUGUACAUUUAAAUGGAAAAAGCU